UCGCAGACGACCAAAGUAACCAAAAUGGAUAAACCCUCAACUUUGACGGUAUCUAGCCCGAAUGUACAGUAUACUGAUGAUUUUAUUCUCUCCAACUAUGAGUAUGAAGAAACUUUGGUAACUAAAAACGGGACCGACUUACUGGCAAAACCGUACCGUACAUCGUUACGCAUCCGAACUCAACGGAGAGUAGGCAGAGUGGGGGUGAUGCUGGUGGGGUGGGGUGGAAACAACGGGUCCACUUUCACAGCAGCUGUUCUUGCCAACAGACACCAGCUCUCGUGGAAUACUAAAAACGGACAGCAAGAUUCUAACUGGUACGGCUCCAUCACACAAGCGUCGAUGGUGCGGCUUGGUUUCGACGAACGUGGCAACGAAGUACACGUGCCGAUGUCACAGUUGCUGCCUAUGGUGCAUCCAGAUGACUUGGAAAUUGACGGGUGGGACAUAAGCCCUCUCAACCUGGCAGAAUCCAUGGUGCGAGCAAAGGUGAUAGACUUCGAUCUCCAGCAGAAGCUCCGGAAGGAAAUGGCCACCAUGAAGCCCAGACCCGCUAUUUACGAUCCAGAUUUCAUUGCUGCAAAUCAGGCGGAACGCGCUACGAACCUUAUCAAAGGCACUAAGCAUGAGCAAUACCUGCAACUACGAGCGGACAUCAAGGGUUUCAGGGACAAGCGCAAACUUGACAAGAUCAUCGUGCUGUGGACGGCUAAUACUGAACGUUUCUGCGAAGUGAAGGCAGGCAUCCACGACACAUCGGAAAACCUGGAGAAGGCGUUGCGUAACAACGAGCCCGAAAUCUCACCGUCUACCAUCUUCGCAAUGGCAGCCGUUGACGAGGGAUGUUGUUACAUCAACGGCUCCCCGCAAAACACGAUAGUGGCGGGCGUGAUCGAACGCGCUGAAAAGAACGGCGUAUUCGUGGCUGGUGACGAUUUCAAAUCCGGACAGACCAAGCUGAAAUCUGUUCUUGUCGACUUCUUGGUUUCCGCUGGUCUGAAACCCGUAUCAAUCGUAAGCUAUAACCAUCUUGGCAAUAACGACGGCAAAAAUCUCUCAGCGCCUCAGCAGUUCCGCUCUAAAGAAAUCACCAAGAGCAACGUCGUAGACGACGUAGUGGAGUCCAACCCGGUGCUGUACAAGCCCGGAGAGAAGCCCGAUCACGUCGUUGUAAUCAAAUACGUGCCAUAUGUUGGUGAUUCAAAGCGUGCAAUGGACGAAUACACCUCCGAGAUCCUGCUGCAUGGCCACAAUACCAUAGUGGUACACAACACCUGCGAAGAUUCCCUUUUAGCCGUACCGCUUAUCCUUGAUCUCGUGCUGCUCGCUGAGCUGUUCUCGCGUGUCAGUUUCCGCGCUGACGAACAUCAAGAGUGGUCUUCCAUGCACUGUGUGCUGUCCCCACUGGCCUAUCUCCUGAAAGCCCCCAUGGUCCCUCCGGGUGCCCCGGUAGUGAAUGCACUGUUCAAGCAGCGCGCGUGCAUCGACAAUCUGCUGCGUGCCUGCCUCAGCCUGCAGCCCAACCACCACAUGCAGUUGGAGCAUAAGUUGCCGUUCCUCAUGAAUGAUCUGCACUCUGGCCGUCUGUUUUCUAAGUAUUCUCCACCAACCAAGAAGCAGAAACUCGCGCAGAACGGCGACCAAUAAACCUCGCACAUACGACACAGCAUAUAGUCUCAUUUUCAUAGUUAAUUUAUUUAAGCCCUUUUCCUAACACACGCAUAAAAACUCGAUUGGAACCAUUUUAUAAGGAAAUUUAUUACUAUACUUAAACACAAACUUGGAUGAUCCCUGUGACCCUGUAUUUGUCAUAAAGAUGAGGUAGUCGAUAAAUUUUAGUGCAUUUAGGAUUGUUGAAGCAAAGGUUCCUUCUUAUAUUUUUAUUUUUAUUACGUAUUAUGAACAACGUAUAGAUUUGUGAACUGUUUUGCGUUAUAUUGAAGGCAUAAAUCUCACAAAUAUAAUUCAAAUACUAUUUCAAUUAAUAUUUUAGUCAAUUUCAAAAAACAUUAGAGGUUCAUUUAUUUUAUUUUUAGGCUAUAACAUUAAUUUAUAGGUUUCAAAAAAGUAACAACACUGAUAUGUCAAUUCAUUGCCUAUUAUUAAAAUUGAUUAUUUAAGAAUGAAUACACGCACUAUACAUUUUUU